AGCCGACCUAGAGCGCUCGGUCUGGCGCGAGUUACCAGGCGACGGCGCGGCGCGGCGGCCGGCAAGCUGGGAUUUGUAGUUCGCCUAAAAGAGGCGGGCACUUACCGGACGGGCGCCCAGCGGUUCGUGCGCUUGUGCGACGUCUAAGGAAGUCUAAGGACUGAAGGUUGGCUUUUGCAAUUGACGGCUGUUACCUCAGUCUCCGCGUUUUUCUGCAGGGCUUGUGGAGUGAAUUCGGGGCCAUUUCUCCUGAGUUAGCGUGGUGGGUGGGACGCCCAGUAAUAAGAACCCGAUACAGAAGCCAAGUCAUGGAGUCCACAAAAAAUAGUAAGAAAUCCAGAAAUAGACUAUUGAAAUCUUCACUUUGGGCCAUUCCUGAUGCUUAGCACCACUCCAGAUCUCCCACAACUCAAUAGUAAGGCCUCCAGGGAUGAAUAUCCUCCACCUACUCCUGGCCACCCUGCUGGUCUCCAUGUGCUUCCUCACUCCCUCCAGCCACCUGGCACCUGAAGAAAAGCCCAGGGAUGACAGGAGCCUAAGGGACAAUUCCUCCGUGAAAAUCUUGGAUUUCCCUUCUGUCUCUAUUGUAGUUCGUGACCUCCAGAAACAUCUGGCUUUGCUCCUUCUGUCUCUCUUUGAAGCACUGAACAAGAAAUCCAAAAGGAUCAGUAGAAAAGACGCGGAAAAGAAGAAAUCUUCCAAGUUCUUCCUUUGCACUAGACGCAUUUCAAGUCCUCAGAAGCUUCAUAUGGCUAAUGGCUACUCAUUUCCUGUGUUCGAUGCGUGGAAUGCAGGCAGCGAGAGAAACUCUUCCAUGAAGACCGUGGCCCGGCCCCGGCCCCCGCCACCCACCCCCUGCGUGGCUACUCGAGCGAGCUGCAAGUCCCCGGCGCCCGCCUGCUGCGACCCCUGCGCCUCCUGCCAGUGCCGCUUCUUCCGCAGCGCCUGCUCCUGCCGCGUGCUCCGCCCCGUCUGCUGAGCGCGCCCAGCCGCCUCCAGGUCACCGGUGACUUCCAACAGCGGUGCCUUCCUAGGACCCGGCGCGCGUAUAGUUACUUAGGUUGGGGCGGAGCUUCCCGGAGGCGGGGCUUCAAGAAGACCUGGCUUGGGCCCGGCUAAACCCCAAUUAUAUGUAGGCUGCUCCAGAGUGUGUGGCUGUUUCCUUAAAGGACCCCAAAGAUCCCUUUCCCUUACUCCCGGCUCCUUCACAGCGGAAGACCCGUGGACUGCGCAUGCUCUUUCCCGGGCAUGGGAAACCCGAUUUCCCGCGCCCUAGCGCUGCCGCCUCCUUAACCGCUUCUCUGCUGGAAUCAGACGUCAUCCCGACCUUUAAACCUGAGAACACGCCAAGUUGCCGGUCAGGAGUUCGCUAUGAAUACUCACACAUGGGCUGUGUCCUUCCACAAGGUCAGCUUUUUCAGUCCUAGAGCACGAUGAACAAUUAUAAAGCAGGUUCAAUACUCUAAACGCGGUAACAUUUCACCACGUGUUUAACUUGUCUUCUUAAGGGUGGCACAAAGCAAAGUACAAGUCACAUAACAAACAAUACAGAACGGAGGACAGGACGUUAACAAACCGAAGGUGAAUAUCUGUGAGCGAGCAGUUGAGAUAAGGCCUCACUCGGGUCUGGGUCAGCUCUUGGCGCUUGCUGUUUAUUAUGUUCAAGCAUAACAUAAUAAAAUAAGAAGGAGCUCUGUUCUUUUCAGACAUCAACCAGGCAGCCUUCAGCAGCAGCUGGCUUUGAAGUGAUCAGACAGAGCGAGGUCAGUGUCUGAGGAGUCUUCACAAUUUGCUGCAAAUAUCCUCUUUUUAAAAGGGAUUUAAUCAGUCUUGAGCCUUUACAGACCUCCUCUGUUUCCGUUGGUUAUCACUUCGGAGUGUGUCAAAAGCUGGUGCUGGUCUCAGUGAUACCUGGUCUUGGCUGCAAUGCCCUUAGCUGCUUGCAUCACUGCUUGACACAGGCCCCUGCUUGACUCCAUCUUGCUCUCUACAUUCUACCGCGCGAUUCCUCAUGACAAAUCUGUAGGGGUCAUACAGGAAUCAAAUAUGUCUUAAGCUAGGUCAGCAGUACUAGUUUGCUAACUGUGGAAGAAGGUUAAUCCAAAUCAUUCAAUUGUAUUUUCACUGAGAAUCAAAUAAAAUCAAAUAAAUCUCAAAUCAUAUGAAAUGUCAAUUGAGAUAAAUCAAAGACCACAUCGAAUCCAAACAAGUUAGAUACAUUAAACUGAAUCAAAUAAAGUAAAAUUAAGUAAGGAUUAAAUUUUAAAACUCCAACUCAAAGUCACAUCUAGUCAGAAUUAAGUCAAAAAGAAGAAAAACUAAAUCUAAACUUUAUUAAGGUAAGUUAACAGAUCAACAAAGCAGUCAAAUAAAUGAAAUAAGAAUCACAUUGCCAACUCUAGGCAGAUCAAUACAAAAAUAUGUAUAGAAUCUUCAACAUAGGGUCUUGGCACAUCUGAAAAAGAAUGGUGAGGGUAUGGUUAAUCAGUCUUUUUGUAAUGUUUCCUACUUAAGCUUGAGGCUGCAUAACAUUUUAAUAGCAUCUUUAAUAAGAUAUGUAACAAAAAUAAUAGCUAAAAGCGAUAGAAGGAUCUCCCUAAUGGAUUCCAAGACACGUGUAGAGAGAGAAUUCCUUUAUGUAUUUGAUUUUGUUUAUUUAUUUACUUUCCUUUAUGUAUUUUAAAAGGUUAUCGUCAGACCAUGAGCCAGAACAAACCAUGUGUUUAAAGGAUUUUUGUUAACAACUCUAGAGAGGAAUAUUUAUUAUAUAAGUUUUGUAUAUUUUUGUUCAGUGCAGCGAAGUUAGUGUUAAUGACUCCUGAGGCUGCUUUGAGAGGCCUGUGUAGCGUGCUCAAAGAGUUGGCUUCUUGGUCAAGGUUUUAUGGGCUGCUUUGAGCCCUUCUAAGUCUUCAUCAAAGGGUUUAUCAAUUUUGUUAAU